AAAUGAACUAUGUAUGGCACCCUCUAUCUAACAUACAUCUGUCUGCUGCAAAAAAAAAUAAGUCACGUGACGCAACACUCGCAAAGCUCUCCACAGACAAACUGUCAAAUCGUUCCAGUUCGUUACCGGCAUAGGGUCUCCACCAAGCAGCAACUAGGAAUUCAAAACGAUCAUUGCUUUGCUCUUCGGAUAAUAUUAGAGAUCAAUAUUAUCUGUAAUAAUAGAAAUCAAGAAGGAUAUACAAGGUUGUUUCAAGUGUAUUAGGGGCGAAUACCAUGAAGAGUAUCGGUUUGUACAAUUCUUCCUUUGAAAAGGACGCUUGCGGCGUUGGUUUCGUUGUGAAUAUUAAAGGAAAAGUAUCCAACCAGGUUAGUUGAUGUAUUUUGAAUAUGAUUUAAAUAGUAAAACGAAAUAUUUUUCAUUAGUACUUUAUAGUUUUCUUCUCUUUAAAAGAUGAACUAAGAGAUCUUUUAUGAGAAACUUCCUGCCUUAAGCAUGUUCAAACAGAUUUUAUAAGCAAUUUUUGCUUGAUUUCUUUUUUAUAAUGGCUAAAGAAUGUAUAAAAAGCAACGAAUAAGAUGAUAAGCCUAUGAUAGUGAUAUUAUUUUUUUUAUCGUCAUCAGAUUUUGAGAAAUGCCCAAGUUAUGUUGGAAAGAAUGGAUCACAGGGGUGCUUGUGGUUGCGAUAAUGAUACGGGAGAUGGUGCAGGCGUUCUAACUAGUAUUCCUCACGAAUACUAUAAACAAUGUUUAAGGUUAUUAAUUAAUUGUUUAAAGAAUAUUGUAAAAGUUUUCUAUUUGAACUAAUAUAAAAAUUUUAAUAAAGUAGUUUUGUUUUUUAUAAAAAAAAAAUAAAACAUAUAUUAGUUCUUCCUCAUAUAAUACUUAGAAAAUGAGAUAAGGUAUAAUCGACCUUUGCAUUUUGAUCUGUUUGGACUAUUUCUAGAAAGAGAAAAUGUUUUACAAUCGAACGGAAAAUUUUCUUUUAAGUAGGAUAAGACUUUGAAUAAAAAAAAACGCACCAAACUACUUGAUAUAGUUAAUGGAUUUUUACUAUUAGCUUUUUUGGUCACGAAACACUGAUCUUUCUUUUUCCAUUAGGGCUGAAAAUGUAGAUCUUCCUGAUUGCGAUAAGUAUGGAACAGGAAUUCUCUUUUUAGAGAAAAAGAAUCAUUUGAAUGUGGAAGAGACAUUUGAGGAAAUUGCCAAAGAUUUACAAUUAAAGGUUAUUUAUUGGAGGACUAUUCCGACUAAUAGUGAAGUUAUAGGAUCUGUUGCGAAAGAAGUUGAACCUUUUAUGCGCCAGGUUUUUGUAACUUCUGAAAAUGAUAUUGAUUAUAAAGAAUUCUCAAAGAAGAUUUUCCUUCUACGUAAACGAGCUACGCACAGAAUUCCUGAAAAGGGCUACAGAUUUUAUAUUUGUAGUUUGUCAACAAAGACUAUUAUCUAUAAAGGUUUAUUGACUACGAAACAAUUAUGGGAGUAUUUUGAGGAUUUAAAGAGUAACGAUUACAAAAUAAAACUAGCUUUGGUUCAUAGUCGAUUUUCAACAAAUACAUUUCCUAGUUGGGAAAGGGCGCAUCCCAUGCGAUUUUUAGCCCAUAAUGGAGAAAUUAAUACACUUAGAGGAAAUGUUAACAUGAUGAUUUCUCGAGAAGGAGUCGUAUCGUCGAAAUCCUUCACCGACUCAGAGUUAUCAUCGAUUUUUCCUAUAAUCGAACCAGAAAUGUCAGAUUCUGGAAGUCUUGAUAAUGCUCUUGAAUUGCUUAUGCAUGCCGGUGAGAGACAACUUCCGGAGGCUGUCGUUACGAUGGUUCCUGAAGCUUGGCAGAGAGAUACAACUAUGGCAUUAAAUAAAAGAAAUUUUUACAAAUGGUCUUCCUUCGCGAUGGAACCAUGGGAUGGACCAGCUCUUUUGACUUUCACCGACGGCAGAUAUAUAGGUGCCGUAUUGGACAGAAACGGUCUCAGACCCAGUAGAUUUUACAUCACUAAGGACGGUAGAAUGAUAAUGGCCUCUGAAGUGGGUAUUGCCGAUGUUGACACUGAUAAAGUAGAAUUAAAGGGGCGGCUAAAGCCUGGUCGAAUGCUUUUAGUUGAUACAGAAGAGGGAAAGGUUAUUGAAGAUACUGAUUUUAAAAAUCACAUUGCUGAGCUAAGACCUGUUGGAGAAUGGCUGAAAAAAGAGUCAUUCACCUUGGAAGAUCUCAAAAAGCACCAUUCUGAUAUCCACCAAUUUAAUCAAAAUGGUAAUCAUAAAACUAUCGAUUGUCAGUUAGAAGAGGAGAGAAAAUUCGCAAUGUUUGGCUAUAAUACAGAAACCAUAGAACUUCUUCUCAAGCCGAUGUUUACCACCAAAAAAGAAGCCCUAGGUUCAAUGGGCAAUGAUGCUCCACUAGCUUGUCUAUCAAAUUACAAUCCUAGAGUUUGUGAUUAUUUCAAGCAACUUUUCGCUCAAGUUACAAACCCUCCGAUUGAUCCUUUCAGAGAAGAAAUUGUUAUGAGUUUAAUGUGUCCUAUAGGGCCGGAAGGGAAUUUACUUCAGCCUGGGCCGGAACAAUGCAGAAGGCUAAUUUUAAAGCAGCCCAUCUUAUCCCUAUCUGAUAUUGAAAUAUUGAAAAGAAUCUCUUACCGUAAUUUUACUUCUAAAGUUAUUGAUACUACAUAUCCUUUAGAACAACAUAUCCAUGGACUGACCUCAAAUAUUGACAGAGUUUGUAAAGAGGCGGAAGAGGCUGUCCUAAAUGGUAAUCAUUUCUUAGUCUUAUCUGAUAAGGCAGCUGGAAAAAGUCGAGUACCGAUCUCACCUCACUUGGCUCUUGGUGCAGUCCAUCAUUAUUUAAUUAAUAAGAAAUUAAGAAUGCGAAUUGGUUUAAUAGUCGAAACUGGUGAAUCCCGCGAAGUUCACGAUUUUUGCACUCUUGUCGGCUAUGGAGCUGAUGCAAUCUGUCCGUAUAUGGUAUUUAAAAUGGCCAAAAGAUUAAGAGUGAAUGGAGAAAUUAAAGAAAACGACGAAGAAGCGUUCAAAAAUUAUGUAGCUGCUAUUGAAAGAGGUAUGGCUAAGGUUAUGGCCAAAAUGGGAAUUUCUACCCUUCAGAGUUAUAAGUCUGCUCAAAUAUUUGAAGCUGUCGGUCUAUCAAAGGAAGUUAUUGAUAAAUGCUUUAAGAACACCGCCUCCCGACUUGAAGGAACUGAUUUUACUGUUUUAGCUCAAGAAGCAUUGAAUCGGCAUAAUUUUGCAUUCGCCGAAAGAGAUUGCGACAAUAAAAUAAUUCCAAAUCCCGGAUUUUAUCAUUGGAGAAAAGGAGGAGAGAAACAUAUGAACGAUCCCAUUAACAUUGCCAACUUGCAGGAUGCAGCCAGGAGAAACAAUAAAGAGGCGUACCAGAAGUUUACUGAAUCUGUCUCUGAAGCAUUAAGACAUUGUACUCUAAGAGGUCAGUUGGAAUUUAGAACAGUGGAGAAGAAAGUGAAUAUUGAAAACGUUGAAUCCGCUGCAAACAUUGUACGAAGAUUUGCGACAGGAGCCAUGUCAUUUGGUAGUAUUUCAUGGGAAACUCAUACUACUUUGGCAAAAGCCAUGAAUAAGAUUAAAGCUAAGAGUAAUACGGGGGAAGGCGGGGAAAAAUCUGAAAGAUAUUUAAAUCAAGAUUCGAAUAAUAACACUCGAAGCGCUAUAAAACAAGUAGCCAGCGGGAGAUUUGGCGUAACCAGUUCUUACCUAGCGCAUGCUGACGAACUACAAAUAAAGAUGGCGCAAGGUGCUAAGCCGGGAGAAGGCGGAGAAUUGCCUGGAUACAAGGUUACGGAGGAUAUAGCCUCUACAAGAAAUUCAAUUCCUGGUGUUGGAUUAAUUAGUCCUCCGCCUCAUCACGAUAUUUAUUCUAUAGAAGAUUUAGCUCAGCUUAUCUAUGAUUUAAAAUCUGCAAAUCCUAGAGCCAGAAUGAGCGUCAAAUUAGUUUCUGAAGUUGGGGUAGGAGUUGUUGCUGCUGGUGUUGCAAAAUGCAAAGCGGAACAUAUUGUCAUUUCGGGACAUGACGGGGGCACUGGUGCCAGCUCUUGGACGGGUAUUAAAAAUGCUGGGGCGCCUUGGGAAUUAGGUAUAUCAGAAACCCACCAAACCCUUAUGCUGAAUGAUUUAAGGAGUCGAGUUACAUUGCAAGCUGAUGGUCAGCUGAGGACCGGAAGAGAUGUUGUAAUUGCUGCAUUAUUAGGAGCUGAUGAAUUUGGUUUUUCAACAGCCCCUCUAAUAGCAUUAGGAUGCACAAUGAUGAGAAAAUGCCAUUUAAAUACAUGCCCUGUUGGUAUUUGUACCCAGGAUCCUAUUCUGAGGAAAAAGUUUGAUGGAACUCCAGAACAUGUCAUCAAUUUUUUGUUUAUGGUUGCGGAAGAGGUUCGUCAAAUAAUGGCUAAGUUCGGUAUGACGAAAUUCCAAGAACUUAUUGGGAGAACUGAUUUAUUGAAAGUUGCUACUGACUUAAAGGGAAAAGCUAAAUUACUAAAAUUUGAUCCUCUCCUAUUCAACGCUGGCAGCAUCAGACCGAAUAUAAAUAUAGUUGCUCAGUCAAUGCCGCAGGAUCACAAACUAGAAGAACGCUUGGAUUAUCAGGUUAUGGACCGUGUUCAAGAAGUUAUAGAUGGAAAAUUAGAUAAAUUAGAGAUGAAAUUAAAUAUUUCAAACAUCAAUAGAUGCUUCGGAGCAGCAUUAAGCUAUCGUAUUUCACUGGCUAAAAGUGAAGAAGGACUACCCGAUAAAAGUAUAAAUUUCCUCUUUAAAGGUUCAGCUGGACAAAGUUUUUGCGCAUUUUUGGCAAAAGGAGUCUACGUUGAACUAGAAGGUGAUGCUAAUGAUUACGUUGGAAAGGGCUUAUCUGGCGGUGAAAUUGUCAUUUAUCCACCAAAAGAUUCUUUACAGAACGAAUUCUCGGAAAAGAAUAUCAUUGUUGGUAACGUAGUACUCUAUGGUGCUACUUCCGGGAAAGCUUUUUUCAGGGGUAUGACAGCUGAGAGGUUCUGCGUUAGAAACUCCGGAGUUAUUGCUGUUUGCGAGGGUUGCGGCGACCACGGUUGCGAAUAUAUGACUGGUGGUAGAGCGGUUGUGUUAGGUCUAAUUGGGCGGAAUUUUGCUGCCGGUAUGUCGGGUGGUAUUGCAUAUGUUUUGGAUAAAGAAGGUUUAUUUAUGGAGCGAUGUAAUAAAGAAUCUGUUUCGAUUUUACCGGUUGAGGAGGAAGAAGAUAUCUUAUGGCUACAAAAUAUUUUGAAGGAAUUUGUAACCAAAACUGGAUCUCGACUGGCCAAGUCUUUAUUGGAUGAUUGGACAAAUUCUUUAAGAUUAUUCCAUAAGGUUUUUCCUCUCGAAUAUCAAAAAGCUUUAUUGGCUCUUAAAGGAAAAUCAACUGCUACUGAAAAGAAAGAAGAGAAGAAAGAAACAAAAACUGAAAAAGUAACGGACGUGGAAGAUUUAAUUUCAAAUGGAUGUAAUGGUGCCACAAAAGAAUCUUUAGAUAAAACAAGGGGAUUCGUUAAGUAUUCAAGGGCAAAGUAUCAAUAUCGUAAAGUUGAAGAAAGAGAGAAGGAUUGGAACGAAAUCUACGACCAUAAAGCGGUGGAAAAUGGUAUUAAAAAACAAGCUGCUAGAUGUAUGGAUUGUGGAGUACCUUUUUGCCAAUCCAAUAAUGGAUGCCCUCUGGGUAAUGUUAUUCCAAGAUGGAACGAUUUAGUAUUUAACGAUAAAUGGAGAGAAGCCAUAGAAGCUUUGCAUCAAACGAAUAAUUUUCCUGAAUUUACUGGUAGGGCAUGUCCCGCUCCUUGCGAGGCUGCUUGUGUACUAGGAAUCAAUGAACCUGCCGUAACAAUUAAGAAUAUAGAAAAUACUAUUAUUGAUUACGCAUUUGAAAAGGGUUGGGUUGUCCCUGAAGAGCCCAAAAUACGCACAGGCAAAAAGAUAGCUAUUAUUGGAAGUGGUCCAGCCGGAUUAGCAGCUGCAGCUCAACUAAACAAAGCUGGCCACUAUAUAACUGUCUAUGAAAGAAACGAUGCUAUCGGAGGUCUUUUACGAUAUGGAAUUCCAUCCAUGAAAUUGUCGAAGCAAGUCUUAAAUAGAAGAAUUAAAUUGCUGGAGCAAGAGGGGAUUAUUUUCAAAACAAAUUCCAACGUUGGUGUCAAUGUAAAUGGUAUUGAUUUGCUACGACAAGUAGAUGCUCUAUUAUUGACUGUCGGAGCUACUUGGCCAAGGGAUUUGCCCAUAGCAGGCAGAAAUAGCGAAGGAAUAUAUUUUGCUAUGUCUUUCUUGGAAAAAUGGCAAAAGAAUAGGGCAAAGGGAGAGGGCAUUGGAUCCGACCUUCAAAUGCACGCCAAGGGAAAAGAUGUCAUUAUUAUAGGAGGCGGAGAUACAGGAUGUGAUUGUAUUGCUACAUCUCUGAGGCAGGAAGCUCAGACGAUUACGUGCUUCGAAAUUCUCGAUAAACCUCCUCAUAAAAGAUCAGCAUCAAAUCCUUGGCCUACAUGGCCAAGAAUAUUCAGAGUGGAUUAUGGCCACGAGGAGGUUGCAAAUAAAUUUGGAAAUGAUCCAAGAGUAUUUAAUGUAUUAAGUAAAGAGUUUCUUAGCGAGAAUGGAAAAGUCAGCGGUAUUAGGACGGUUCAAGUUAAUUGGAAGCAAGCAGAAAAUGGGCAAUGGAAAAUGAAUGAAGUUGAGGGAAGCGAAAAGAUUUAUAAAGCUGAUUUAGUUUUAAUAGCAAUGGGCUUUCUGGGCCCAGAAAAUCUAUUAGUUGACCAGUUAGGCGUAGAAAAUGAUGGCAGGUCGAAUAUUUCCUGUCAGAACUUUAAAUCCUCUAUGGAUAAGAUCUACGCAGCAGGAGACUGUAGAAGAGGUCAGUCCUUGGUAGUUCAUGCUAUUAAUGAAGGACGUCAAGCUGCUCGAAGGAUUGAUAUGGAUUUAAUGGGAAAAUCCUCCCUUGCCGGACCCGGAGGAGUAGUCUCAAAUCGUCAAAACGUGUCAUGA